AUGAACCCCCCCCAAGCCCAUGACGCUCGGCUGCCCCUAUUGAAGAUCUACAACAGCUUAACGCGGACCAAGAAUGACUUCAUUCCAGUUGAUCCAACAGGGGAAGUCGUUACGUGGUACGCCUGCGGCCCUACAGUGUACGAAGACGCCCAUCUGGGCCACGCCAAGAAUUAUGUGUCGACCGACAUCAUUCGCCGUAUCAUGAGGGACUAUUUCGGCUUCCGAGUCAAGUUCGUCAUGAAUACCACCGAUAUCGACGACAAGAUUAUCCUCCAGGCUCGUCGUCAACACCUGCUCGCGCGAUUCAAGCAUCAGCAUGCUGAGGAAGAGACAGUUAGUGAGACGGUUCUGGCUGAGGUGAAGGCCGCAUUUCUCCAAUAUGUUGGCAAGAAUCUGCCGUCGUUGCCGGGGGAUAUGAACCCAGAGAGCUUCGCCGAGGAAGUCAACAAGGCGUACAAGGAAACGCUACAAAGCCAGAGUGUUACUGUCGAGGAUUUGCUGCUCAGGGCGCAUAUUGGGACAGCACAGUUGGCUGCCGAGGCCCUCCAAAACCCUGAAACAGCGUCUGAGUUCUUCGCCAAAGCUGACGAUGUCCUGCUGCCAUAUCUGGAUGCAUUGCAUGGUGCCUCUAUCGACUCGAACAAUCAUCAGAUUUACCUGGAGCUGAGCCAGAAAUUCGAGCGCCGCUUCUUCGAAGACAUGGAUGCGCUGAACGUCCUGCCUCCAGAUCAACUGACACGUGUGACCGAGUAUGUCAGACAAAUCGUCGACUUUGUAGAGAAGAUUGUGGCGAAUGGUUUCGGGUACGCUACCCCCGAUGGUUCCGUCUACUUCGAUAUCGACUCGUUUGAGAAAGCUGGGCAUAGCUACUCCCGGCUGGAACCAUGGAACAAGAACGACCCUGCCCUUUUGGCUGAUGGCGAGGGGUCGCUGUCCAAAGGAGCAUCUAUGAAGAGGAGCCCGAAUCAUUUUGCCCUGUGGAAGGCCAGCAAGCCAGGCGAACCAGCCUGGGAUAGCCCGUGGGGUCGUGGGCGGCCUGGGUGGCACAUUGAAUGCUCUGCCAUGGCGUCGGAAGCGAUAGGGAAGACGAUGGAUAUCCAUUCCGGAGGGGUUGACCUUCGUUUCCCUCACCAUGACAACGAGUUGGCACAGUCAGAGGCGUAUUGGUCGACUCCGGACUGCCAUGUGCAGUGGGCAAACUACUUCAUUCAUAUGGGUCAACUGAGCAAGAGUCUUAAGAACUACACAACUAUUCGAAGUGUGCUCUCCGAGAAAGACUGGACUGCUCGGUCUCUCCGAAUCUGCUUCCUUUUGAUGCCUUGGCAGGAUGGUAUUGAGGUGACGGAUGAGCUCAUGAAGGCGGUAAUUGGGUGGGAGGGCAAGCUUAAUAAUUUCUUGUUGAAGAGCUUGGAUCUGUCAAAACACACUCGCCCCAAUGCCGAGGGUCAAGAUAUUGGGGUUGCUGACCAGCAGUUGCUGAAGUCUCUGGAGAAGGCGAAGGCCGACGUCGACAAUGCGCUCUGCGAUUCCUUCAACAUCUCCUCUGUGAUGAGAAUCCUCUCUGAUCUUGUCACCGAGGCGAACUCAGCCGAGAAGCUUGCCGACGAAACAGUCCUCUCCCUGGCGCGCUGGGUUACUCGCAUUGUCACCAUCUUCGGCCUGGAUCCUGAAGGGGAUCUCACCAAUUCAGAACGUAUAGGGUGGUCCGGACUCAAUAUUCCGGCGCCAGCAAAGCCUUACAUAUACCCUGCAUCGCAAUUGCGUGACAAGGUCCGAACCCUAGCAAUCGGCUCGGCGGUCGAUCAUGAUGCCAUUUCCAAGCUCGCUGAUGAGGCAACCCUCGCCACGCCUACCUCUAUCGACACUUCAGAGCCUUACAGUCAGGUGCUGCAGGAAUUCCGCAAAAGCGUUAAAGAUUUGGCAGCUGAGAAAGCACCGGCCAAGGAUUUGCUUGUCUUGUGUGACCAGCUUCGCGAUGUGCACCUCUGGAACCUAGGGAUAUAUCUGGAGGACCGCAAUAGCCCUCUUCCUGCCUUGGUGAGGCCUCUCGAUAAGUCUCUCAUAGAGGCUCGCGCAGAGCAAGAGUCCCUUGCUAUCGCCAAAGCCAAGGCCAAGCUGGAGCAGAAAGCAAAGGAGGCUGAGAAAGAGAGGGAGCUGCGGGGACGUGCCAAAAUCGAUCCUGUGGCAAUGUUCAAGACGUCUGAGUAUAAGGAAUGGGAUGAUAGUGGCAUUCCUACUUUGGAUGCCAAGGGGGAGGUCAUUUCUAAAAAUAGGCGCAAGAAGUUGGUUAAGGAGUGGGAGAAGCAGAAAAAGUUGCACGAUGAUUGGCUGGCAACCCAAUAA